UAAAAAUCGUUUCUGCAUAUAUCUGGACUAUCUUCUUCCUGAAUAUUCGUAAAAUGCUGCGGAGUUUAGCCGAUUAUGGAUUCAUUGCCAUAUGCUCUUAGCCUUGUUAUUGUUGUAUUUUAUUGCACAAUGGCAUGCAUUUAACUAAAGCAUCUUGUAAAAACUUGAACUAGGCUACAAAGAGACCAUGCCCGAUUAAGAUUAAGAAACUGUCAGUGGUCCAAAGAUUUUGUUUAUAUAAAUUGUAGCUGGUGGAACUCCUCUGAGCAAAUCAAAUCAGCCACUACAUUACUUCAAUGGCUGCAAAAUCACCAUCAUGCUUUCCUCUCUUCCCAUCUUUGCUUCUCAUUCUUCUGUCCUUGGCUUCAUUUGGGUCCCAAACUUUUUCUGUCCAUGGGCUCUAUAUUAGAGAAGCUACAAUCUCUGAUCUCCAACUAGCUUUCAAACAGAACCAACUGACUUCAAGAAAACUUGUUGAGUUCUACCUUCAAGAAAUCCGCAGGCUCAACCCGGUCCUUAAUGCAGUCAUAGAGGUGAACCCAGAUGCCCUUUACCAAGCUGAUAAGGCAGACUAUCAGCGAAAGGCAAAGGGCCCCGGUUACUAUUCUGGGUUACAUGGCAUUCCUAUCUUGCUCAAGGACAACAUUGGAACCAAAGAUAAGCUUAACACCACUGCUGGCUCGUUGGCUCUGCUUGGGUCAGUUGUGCCUCAUGAUGCCGGUGUGGUGAGCAAGUUGAGGAGCGCGGGAGCCAUCAUAUUGGGCAAGGCUAGCUUAAGUGAGUGGGCUCAGUUUAGGUCUCUCGCAGCACCCAGUGGUUGGAGUGCCAGAGGUGGCCAAGGAAAGAACCCUUAUGUGCUAUCAGCAACUCCCUGUGGAUCAAGCAGUGGCCCAGCAAUUUCAGCUGCAGCAAAUUUGGUAGCAGUAUCUCUGGGGACUGAGACUGAUGGCUCCAUAUUAUGUCCAGCAAGUUUCAACUCAGUUGUGGGCAUCAAACCAACAGUUGGCCUCACCAGCCGUGCAGGGGUGAUUCCGGUAACUCCCAGACAGGACACCGUUGGGCCCAUCACCAGGACAGUUUCAGAUGCCGUUCAUGUUCUUGAUGCCAUUGUAGGCUAUGAUUACAAUGAUCAAGCAACCAGAGAAGCCUCCAAGUACAUUCCAAGCGGUGGCUACAAACAAUUUCUUCAGGCGUACGGGCUCAAAGGAAAGAGACUUGGAAUAGUGAGGGAUCCCUUCUUCACUUCCAGCAGCGGAUCUCUCCAGCUUCAAGCGUUUGAGAAACAUUUCCAGACUCUAAGGCAAGGAGGUGCUGUUUUGGUAGACCAUUUACAAAUAGCCAACAUUGAUGUUAUCUUGAACUUCAAUUUGAGUGGGGAAGCAACAGCAUCACUGGCUGAGUUCAAGCUAGCAUUGAAUGCAUAUCUAAAAGACCUGGUGGUAUCUCCGGUUCGAUCAUUGGCAGAUGUAAUCGCCUUCAACCUCAAGUUCUCGGGUGUGGAAUUGAUCAAGGAAUUUGGACAAGACAUUUUUCUUGCUGCCCAAGCAACAAAUGGGAUAGGCAACAAAGAAAAGGCAGCAUUGUUGAAUCUAGCAAAGCUGACAAAAUAUGGGUUUGAAAAAUUGUUGACAGACAACAGACUAGAUGCAUUGGUGACUCCUGGUUCAGAUGUUUCCCCUGCGCUUGCAAUUGGGGGUUUCCCAGGAAUUAGUGUCCCUGCUGGAUAUGACAAGAAGGGUGUGCCCUUUGGCAUAACCUUUGGGGGACUGAAGGGUUCUGAGCCAAAGCUGAUCCAGAUUGCCUACGGCUUUGAGCAAGCUACUAAAGUUAGGAAGGCUCCUACAUUUUUGCCUUGAUAAUGAUUUAGAAUAGCCUUCAACCGAAGUUUACUUCUUUUUUUUUGCAAUCAUGAACCAAGUGGUUGUAAUGUCAUCUAUAAAUUACAUGAUACAUCUUAGUUGGACAAAAUUUUGAUAAUUUCA